AUGACAUCGCUAUCGCUGACAGACCUGGCGGUCGGCACUUUAGUCACACCAAUCAGUUUCAUCUCAAUCGUCAACCAGUGCUGGCCAUGGAAUCAGACCGUGUGUGCCAUCGAAGCACUUCUCAUCGCCGCUCUCUUUCACGAGUCGACCCUAUCUUUACUCUGUAUAGCAAUCGACAGAUAUAUUUGUAUCGUUCAUCCGCUCCGGUAUCACACUUUGAUGACUAAAAAGGUAUUUAUUUGA